UGCACGCAGUUGUUGACUUUUUGUAACGGUCGUUUUGCCUCCCCAUUCAAUGGUUCGUUAUUUUCAACACAAUGAAUACAAUGAAUGGUGUGUAUUAUUAUUAUCAAUAAUCACCCUUCUUGUAGCGUCAGGAUUGAAGCGACCGUCAAAAAAAAUCAUUUUCGCGCGCGAUUUCAUAAGAGAACGCUGUGCUUGUUCAUCAAAAAUACUUUUAGUUAGACGUUAAUUAGAGCGUAUGUUUUUGUUUUAAAAAUAUUUAAUUUAUAGUUAAUUUGAUCAUGUUCUCGAAAGCUAAACGUUUUGAACCAGUGGCUGUACCCAAAACCCAAAAUAAACCAAAGAUCCAAGAAAAUGAAAACCAAACAAAAUGUAUUGCCAAAACACAACCAGUAGCCUCAAAAGUAAAAAAGAAUCCUCCACUUAGCACUAUAUCAACUAAAACCAACACGGACACCAGAUCUCUAUGCAGUUCUACCCCCAGCAUUAAAUCAUUUGUUACGCCAAAACCAGUAAAAUCCCAUACAGCUUCAAAAGUUACAAGUAGCCUCAAAAAGCAAAAUCCCUCUAAAAAUGGGAAUGAGAAAAAACAAAUCAACAAAAUCAGUGAUGAUGUUGUUAAAGCUCAAGAAGUCGAAAUCAGAAACAAAAAUCAUACCAUAUUGGAACACAAUAAACACAUUGAAGAACUGAAAACUGAAAUAGCCCGACUUCAAGCUCAAAUUAAUUCUACCAAAAAUCCAGUCAAUAAUAUUACAACUAAAUUGGAAGACAUGUACUUGGAAAAAUCUGACAAUAAAUCAGAUGGUAAUAAGGAAUUUAGCAGAGAUGUUGAAAAUUUCAAGAAAACUAUAUUAGAAUUGGAAUUACAAUGCGAUAAAUUGGAACAAGAAGUAAGUAACAAGCAAGUAGAAUUAUCGUCUCUGGAAGAGGUAAUUACUAUCAGAGACAGUUUGUGCAAAGAUUUGCAAGAAAAGCUGACUAACAUGGAAUCAAAUCUAGAGGAAACACGCCAAAGGCUGGAAAUGGUAAAGGGGCAUCAUGCACUUGCACUUGAAGCUAAUGAAAGUAUUCGCCGGGAAUAUAAAGUAGAACUAGAAACUUUAAAAACUAAAGCGGAGGAAGAAAAACAAGCGAUUAUAAAUAAACACAAAAUCGAUCAAGAAAGAAUCAAGUACGAAUACAAUGAUUUAAUAGAUUCAAUCAAGACACAAUUAGUAAAAGAAAAAACUGAAGAAAUUCAGGACCUGCAAGAUCAGUUAGAAGCCAAAGACCGUGAAUUUGCGGCUAAACUAGAACAAAUUAAUGAAGCUGCUGAAGAAAAACUUAGGCUGUGUGAGAUACAAUUUGAAGAACGCACCCGCAAUAUCCAAGAUCAUUGGGCGAAGCAGCAAAGUAAAAUACAGUAUUUAGAAAAAGAAACCAGAGAUUUGAAAUAUAGCCUUAAUCAUGCUGAAGAAGAAAAUUUAAUGCUACAGCAAAAAUUAAGCAGUAUUAAAAGUGAAUAUGACUGUUUGAAAACCGAAAAAGAGGACAAAAUUAAAGAAAUAAAUGACUUGAAAGAAGAAAUUAAAACUAAACACAUUGACUUUGAAAAUGAGAUAAAUAAAUUGACUGUUGAAAUCGAUAAGGCUGCAAAAGAGAAAAGUAGAUUUGAAAUGUCGCUCUCAGUAACCAGGGAUAUUGUACAAGUUCUAACAAUGCGGCUGAGGGAGUCUGACAACGAAUUGGAACAUUUAGAAAAUACAGUUCAAACUCUCAAUGAUGCCAAAGAUCAGCUUGAAAAUGAGCUGGCACAAUAUAAAAACACUUUAAAUAACACUGUAUUAGAAUGUAAUGAAUACAAGGAGGCUCUCGUUAAUAUCUUAAAAUCCAAAGCAGCCCUAGCCAAAGAACACAACCGUAUCAUGGAGCAUAACGUGACUUUGAUAGAGAGUUUACAGAAUGUGGAGAAGGAAGCGUAUCGCGAGCUUGGGUCUAUCAAAAACGAACUGAUCGAGGAUGUGGAGCUCUUGAAAAAGGAGUCGAAUUCUCAAAUCCAGCAGCUUCGCGACGAGGUGGAGAACAAGCGCCUGCUCUGCGAGCUGGCGACGGAGCACGCGGGGCAGGCGGCGGCGGCGGCGGAGCAGGCGCGCGCGCUGCUGGCGCACGCCGCCAACGAGGUGGCGCGUCUGGANCCUCAGAGUUUACAGAAUGUGGAGAAGGAAGCGUAUCGCGAGCUCGGGUCUAUCAAAAAUGAACUGAUCGAGGAUGUGGAGCUCUUGAAAAAGGAGUCGAAUUCUCAAAUCCAGCAGCUUCGCGACGAGAUUCAAGAUCAACAGUCUCUCGUGGUGGAGUUGUCGCUGCUCCGUCAAGAAAAUGAAGAAUUGAGCAUGACGGUGGCCAAACAAUCUUCUAUAAUCGACAAGAUGAAGAAGGAUAUGGAUCAAGUUCAGGCCAAACCGAAAUCCCCUUCAGUUUUGCGCAAAUCUCUUAAAAUCGGUAAAGAGAACGUCCAAACCGUUAUUUCGCCGUUACGUGAACGUAAUCAUUAAGAAUUUUUAAAGAAAUGUUGAAAUACUAAAUUGUUUUUCGAUUUGUUCAUUUAUUUAUCAUCGGUUAUUUACAUUAGGAUUCUGUUUUAUAAGUACGAUGUUUCGAUUGUAUUUUAGACCUUAUUUAUUAUUGUAAUCCUGAAACCUGUUAAAUUACUGUUUUUUUAAAUG